AACAUAUUCUUGUUACAUUUUCCUGUGGGCAUUUUUUAAUUUUAGCUGAACUAGCUAUGUCUGGUCGCGGCAAACAAGGCGGCAAAGCCCGCGCCAAGGCUAAGACUCGUUCUUCUCGUGCAGGUCUGCAGUUCCCUGUGGGCCGGGUGCACCGCCUGCUCCGCAAAGGCAACUACUCCGAGCGCGUCGGGGCUGGCGCGCCGGUGUAUCUGGCGGCGGUGCUUGAGUACCUGACAGCCGAGAUCCUGGAGCUAGCGGGCAAUGCGGCCCGCGACAACAAGAAGACCCGCAUCAUCCCGCGCCACCUGCAGUUAGCCAUCCGCAACGACGAGGAGCUUAAUAAGCUCUUGGGGCGUGUGACCAUCGCCCAGGGCGGCGUUCUGCCUAAUAUUCAGGCGGUACUGCUGCCUAAGAAGACUGAGAGUCAUCAUAAGGCCAAGGGAAAGUGAAGUGUUAACGCUUCAUACACUGUCAGCAGACGAAAUCAGCCUAACAACAAAGGCUCUUUUCAGAGCCACCUUCGACUUCCGUUAAAUGAGCUGUUAUGCUUUGUAUUAUGCAGCCCACACAGAUGUUUUGAGGUGUUUUUGAUGGUUUUCGUGUGACACUUUUAGUAAUUUGUCCUGCAGAAAUCUAGAUCUAUGGAAACCUUUUCAGGAACUCUACAUAUGUAGGAGAAAUGCCAUGCAGCACAAAAAACACAGGGGUGAUCCUCGCUAAGUUUCACACACAGCAGUUACAUUUUGGAGGAAGGAAAUUAUACCCAUGGGUGCACUCCUUAAGUAUUUUUAAUGGAAGUGUUAAGCAAAACACGCAUACCCCACACGGUAAAACAGUUUGAAAAUGUCACACCAUUUGCUCUAGUAAUUGAUGGCAUACACAAUUGAGAGCGUACACAUUACCACUGAACAUUUCAGCAUGUAUUUCCAAGAUAAGGAGCUUUUUUCCAGUGUGGGGGAUGUUUUGCUUUGUU